AUGGACUCGCCAACAGCAUUCCAAUUCCCUUCUCGCGAAUCGCAAGCACUGCACCCUCUCUCACCCGAACGCGCACACAACUCGCGACAGAUCUCGACGGCCUCGACGAUGACCGCUAAGAGCUCAGCGUCCGAAGCUGAAGGAAACGAGAAUGCAUCGCCGAGAGGAUCGCCGCUACGGAAAGCAAACCUCUUCGCAGACUACCAACCGCAGUCGCCGACAAGAGGGACUGGCCUGAACGGUCUACCACUUUCACCCUCGAUGCCGGAGAUACCCGCCUUCAGGAGUCAUGCGCGAACCAACAGCGACGUACAAGGCCUUGUUAAGCGCUUCGAGCAUUUGGAUGUCCGCGACCGGGAUGCAGAAAGUAAUGAGAGGAGGAAGAAACAUGAGCUGGAAUUGCGCCGGGCGCAGAUUGCGCGCGAAGAGGCGGAAAGUGACGUGAAGAGGCUGCGUGAAGAAGUACGACGGCUGAGGAAAGAGGGCGAUGAGGGUCGCGACCGAGAGAGAAAGGUUGGCAAGAGACUAGAAGUGGUCAUGGAUGAAUUCACAACAUUCAAAGAAAGCCAUUCGUCGCAAUCCUCAGUCUACGAGAAGGAGGUGCGAAGGUCGCGGAAAGAGGCCUUCAAGUCAUCAUCAGAACUGCUCAAGGUGAAGGAGGAUCUCAAGUCGUUGCGAAGCAGUUUCCGAGUCAUGCAGCAGAAUUUGGAGGCAGAGAAGCGGAAGGUGCAGCAGCGGGAGCAGGAGACAUUCGACGCGCAAUACCACUUGGCGACUGUGCAGGAGGAGCUAGACAAGCUGCGAACACACAUCAAAGUUGUGGAGGAGGAGCGCGAGGCUUUGAAGACAAGUUUGAAAGAAGAAGAAGUCGCACGAAUCGCUGCAGAAGGAAUGAUUGCACUUCCGGCUGCAUCGCAGGACGACGAUGAGGACCUUAUGAGCUCUCCGCGAAGACGAUCACCGCAAAAGGCGGCCGGCUCACCGCUAUCUGACGACAAAGAGAAUGUGGGCAUAGUCACCAAGAAGAUGAUCGAAUCAAGACGGCUUGAAGAGGAACUGGCCAUGGAAAGGACGCGACGUGAACAUGCCGAAGAACUAUCCGAAUUUUUGCGCAUGGAAUGUCGAUUCGGGUGCUGUGAUUGCAAAACUGCGAAGCCAGAGCACAGCAUGCUGGCCAUUUCGAAUGCUUUGGCCAAGAACAUGGAAAGCAUAAGGCGCAGUAUGCGAGAAGUCCUGGCUCCCCCAACCUCUCCUACUGAGAAGCGCGACUCAGCUAUCAUGUCUGAAGUGAAGGCUGAGCCCGACCAGGAACACGCAGAGCCACCGGUUGUCAUCAAGAUCGAACAGACUGCCGAUAUUGAGAUGGGGAAUGCUGCAGAAGCAGAUGUCUCGGAUCAUGCUGAGCGCAGCAUGACUCUGGCAGGCGACCAAAUUGACGACAACGAAGAAGCGAUUGAAGACGAUGUACUGGAGGUCGAAACUCCUCGCGCGCCACGCCCUACUCCUGUGAAUAUCGAGAUGGAGCAGCCGGAGUCAGAGACUGGUCUCACUGAGUCGACAACAAAGGUACCUCUACUGCCCUCAUCUCGACAAACUCCUGCCCAGCCACAACCACCCACACCAUUCCACCAACAACGCUCUGCCCGCACCAUCACUACAACCACAACGAUUCCGAUGCGUUUCACUCCCUCCAAGCCAACAUCCCAUGACUACGAGGAUGCGGAGAACAUCCCGCCUACCAUCGAGAUCCUAUCACCACGCAGCCGCGCAGGCUCAGCUCCGACGUUUGAUCGCGAAGCAGCCUUGGCAGCAAUAGCUUACCGAAGAGGCAGAGCAAAGUCAAUCGCGAACGGCCAUGCGACACCAAGAAAGCAGAUGAUUGAGGGCGUGAGUAUCAAGGAGAGGCGGGACAUCAGCGCGCCGGCGCUAGGUCAGCAGAAGAAGGUCAGUGCUAAUGUUGCGAAGGGUACUGCUAGCGUUGGCAGAGGCGUAGCAGGAAGCGGCAGGAGGUUGGCUUGA